AGACGCCAAAUGUCUGUCCUCACAGGAGACGACAGGAGAAAACAAUAAAGAACAGGAGACGACAGUAAACAACAGGAGAUGACAGUAAACAACAGGAGAUGACAGGAGACAACAGAAGACAACAAUAAACAACAGGAGACGACAGUAGACAACAGGAGAUGACAGGAGACAACAGUAAACAACAAGAGACAACAGUAAACAACGGGAGACAACCGUAAACAAGGGGGAUAACAGUAAACAAUCAAAGACAACAGUAAACAACAGGAGACAACAAUAAAAAACGGUAAACAACGGAAGACGACACCAGAGAGGACAACUUCCUGUCUGCCCACAGACAGACAUGCUGCCGUCCACAGGUGUGACGUGGACUCUCUGCUCUCUGCUUGUUGGCUCUGCACUGGUUGAAUGUACAGUGUUCCUGGAUGCGUCGGCGGCAGGUCAGAUCCUCCGCUCCUCCUCCAGGAGGCGUCGGGCCAAUUCCCACUUCCUGGAGGAGAUGCUACCAGGAGACCUGGAAAGGGAGUGCUAUGAGGAGAACUGCUCGCAGGAGGAGGCUGCAGAGAUCUUCCAGACCAAAGAGAAGACGCUGGAGUUCUGGUAUAAAUACACAAAUUUUAAUCCUUGUCGGACCAACCCCUGUCUGAACGGAGGGAUGUGUACUGAGGACCGAGGAGACUUCAUGUGCCUCUGUCCUCCUCAGUACCAUGGCAAGACCUGCGACUCAGUGGUGUUGGCAUGUCUCUAUAGAAACGGCGGCUGUAUGCAGUACUGCAGAGACCUGUUGGGUGGAGCCGGAGUUCAGUGUGGCUGCGCUGAUGGAUUCAAACUGGACCCUGACGGAUACAGCUGCUCCCAGACCGAGUCAUUCCCCUGCGGCCGUCAGCACAGCGUCUUGUCGUACCACAGUCACUCUCUGUGGAGUCGUUCUGAGCUUGUCAACACCACUGUAGAGACGGAUGCCAUGUUGGAUGACAACAGCACAGAUAGCUGGGAGUCUACAGAGACCAUGGAGGAGCUGAUGACAGUGAACGCAACGUCUGAAGGCAGCGAAGGGAACAGGACAGAGCAGAGGGGGGAGGAUCGGGGACAAGAGGAGGGGAAGACUCGUAUUGUGGGCGGAGUCCUGGAGAGACGAGGAGGGAGCCCCUGGCAGGUUCUGGUCCACAGGUCUGAUGGUUACGGGUUCUGUGGUGGGACUCUGGUCUCUGAUCGCUGGGUGGUCUCUGCCGCUCACUGCUGCGAGGAGACUGCAGACCACGUUACUAUAGGAGACCUUGAUAAACAGCGUCCUGAUCCAGGUGAGCAGCUCAUAAAGGUUCAGAAGGUCUUCAUUCAUCCUCACUUCCACUCCUUCACCUUCGACAGCGACAUUGCUCUGCUCUACCUCGCCCGGCCUGUCGUCAGGGGCCCCACCGCUGUCCCCGCCUGCCUCCCUGACCCCCACCUCUCCAAAUACCUGCUGCAGGUGGGGAACCGGGGCGUGGUGACGGGCUGGGGAGUCACUCACUACCUGGGCAAGUCUUCCCGCUUCCUCAGGAAGGUGACGCUCCCAGUGGUCAGCUACAAAGACUGCACUGCUUCCACUGAACAGGUGAUCACAGACAACAUGUUCUGUGCAGGCUACCUGGACGUCAGCGUGGACGCCUGCAGCGGAGACAGCGGAGGGCCGUUUGUGGUGAACUACAGAGGAACCUGGUUCCUGAGCGGGGUUGUCAGCUGGGGGGAGAAAUGUGCUGCGAAGGGGAAGUACGGAGUCUAUACCCACCUGGGGAACUUCCUGAACUGGAUCAGAAACACCAUGGAGAGACUGGACAUCAACAGUACCGAGAGCCACUGAGCGACUGAUCGAUUAAUGGACUCAUUGAUGAAUGGACUGAUUGAUUAAUUAACUUAUUGAUUAAUGGACUAUGGUGUCAGAUGUACUUGUAUUCACUGUUUGAUGAUCUUGUAUAAACUCUUCAUAUGUUUGUGUGUAAAAAUAUUGAUUUUGUGGAGUUACAAGUACAACAUAGAAGUAAAUGUACUAAGUUACUUGUCGAGUACUGAGUAGGUGUUACAGCACAGCUCUGUCAGACUGUCCUGAUCGAUCAUCAGUUCAAGCUGUUUGAUAUUUUAUUACUAACGUCAGUAAAUGGAUGAGAUCAAUGAUUCCUAUAAACAGAAAAUUUGA